UGGCCUCCUACGAAUCUGAAGCAAAAGGAAACAUCAAAAAUUGUGUUGCUUCUUCAGUUCGACCGGAAUCCGAUCCCAGAGAAGGUGCAGCGGUGGUACCAAGCUCAAAAUUAAAGGCGAAAAAAAGAUCCUGUAGCUUUUGUGCGGAAACCCUUCAAGAGUAUUGUAGUGCCUGCCAAUCCCACCGCAAAUCGUCUGUCGAUUCAUCACCACCACCCAAAAGCAAACAUGAUUCAACUUCUCGAUAAAGUACUCAACUUCAUCAACUACUGGUGGUUCCGAUACCUGAUGAUUACGGAACUCUACAUGGUCGAAAGCUGGGAACGUGUUACGAUUCAUGUAUUUCUCUUUUCGCUAUUCAUGCUUCAGUGGUAUUUCAACAGCAAAGUUGUGCUGCCCUUUACCGGAAAUCUCCUGGGGAUACUUCCGGUCGACCAGCAGUUGGCAUCGUUCCGAACAUAGGCAACCAUUCCUGGUGUUCCAUAUUGGUACCUUUGAAUCGGCCAGUAUUGUUGUAGCCGGAGCACAAAAUAAUAAUUGUCAAACGAAGAUGGCAAAUGGAAAAAACGACGAUGGUUCCGUUUUGCUCGUAUUUAUAGUUUCUAUCUCUGUUGUUGAUCAAAACAAACAAAUCUGCAUGUAAUAUUUAUAUUGUACCGCCGGGAAUCUCCCAAUUUGUAGGCAUUUACAAUGGGUCAUUACGAAUCUGAACUUUUCACCACACUCGGAGAUUGGAAUUGGAAGGGUUGGUUUUGUUGGAAGGAUGUAUUGAGGAAUGAAUGCUAAUGACGACACUAUAUCCACUAAAUUACGUAUAACUCAAUGAAAUAAAGUCACCAAUGAUACAAUUUAAA